CCCACAGGCUAAAGGUCCGCGGAUGUGAGAGCGAAGCAGAGAAUUCACUCGCAGCAGCAGUCCGUUUGAGUUCGGGACAGUUCGUUUCCACUACCGCAGAAGCAUUUCUGCUGUAGGCUUGAGGGCAAACCGGAUUUUACUCAUCGCUCCUUGGAUGUAAUAAGAACCAGGAAAUAAUAAAUGAAUGACCGGUGAAAGGGGAAUAAUCAAUCUGACUAAAUGUCGCGUUAUUUUUAUACAGAUGACAGCUUUUCUCUUUGAUGACACAACACACAUUUUUUUACUUUCUGUUAUUAUUUAAGAUUAGGACUAAGUGGUGAUGCGAGCUGAACUGGAAACCAACUAUUUGGUGACUGGGACCUCCCACGCCAGUAUGACUCAAUUGAACGUUCUUAGAAAACAAGAUCAUUUUUUUAAUAUUGAAUCCCCAAGAGUACGACUUCUUUGAAACCACAGGAAGCAAGACGUGUCCCAACUAAGGAUUACAUUAUUCAGUAGUAAAAUGCAAAACGACUAUUUAACCUUACAGCGAUUAUGCCUAAAGCCACAUAAUCGUACGGCAUUACAGACAAAAGACCAUGCGUAAAAAGUUCCAGUGGACUUAAUGUAAUACUAGGACUCCUCUACUCUGUCUAAGAUAGCUGCACCAGACAUCUGGACCAACCACGCUACUGGCAAGAUGCAGUCUGGUCUACCGCCCGCCCAAGCUGUCUACAUCGUGAUGGAGGUGAUAAUCGCGUUGUCUUCGGUGAUCGGGAACGUAAUGGUCGUCUGGGCAGUACGAAUCAACCGUUCUUUGCGGGACACUACCUUCUGUUUCAUAGUGUCUCUGGCUUUGGCGGACAUUGCGGUGGGGGCUUUGGUCAUCCCGUUGGCCAUCACUAUCAGCAUCGAGCUCAAGACGCACUUCUACAGCUGCCUGCUGUUCGCGUGCACAGUGCUGGUGCUCACGCAGAGUUCCAUCCUCGCGCUACUGGCCAUCGCUAUCGACCGUUACCUGAGGGUGAAAAUACCAAUGAGCUACAAGCGCGUGGUGACACCGCGGCGUGCCGGGACAGCGGUAGUGGUGUGUUGGAUGGUUGCCAUUGUGGUCGGCAUGACACCCAUGUUGGGCUGGAACAACCUUCAGCGCCUCCGUGAAAAUGACACCCUGAUGACCGAGGACAACAUAGUGACGUGUCGGUUUGAGAACGUCAUCAGCAUGGACUAUAUGGUCUACUUCAACUUCUUCGGCUGGGUGCUGCCACCUCUCGUCUUUAUGCUGGUCAUCUACGUGGAGAUAUUCUAUAUGAUACACAGGCAGCUAAACAAGAAGGUGACAGCGAGCCAAACUGACCCAAGCCGGUACUAUGGGAAGGAACUGAAACUGGCCAAGUCUUUGGCUCUGGUCCUCUUCCUGUUUGCCAUUAGCUGGCUACCUCUCCACAUUCUCAACUGCGUCACCCUGUUCUGCCCAGAAUAUCAUAAACAUAAGUUAUUCAUCUACAUUGCCAUCUUGCUCACGCAUGGGAACUCUGCUGUGAACCCCAUCGUUUACGCAUUCCGGAUCAAAAAGUUCCGGAGUGCAUUCCAGAAGAUCUGGAAGCUGUAUGUGCUUUGUAGAGAUCCGGUGGGCAAGCUUCCCCAGAGAGGGAGUCAGAGGGGACAUAGUGGGGCAGAAAGGAGGCUGAGGGCUAACGAUGAUGACGAUGACGUUUGAUGUAGUGGCGAAGACGUUGAAAUCUGAACAAGCUGGACGGUUAGAUCAGAAGCACGUACAUGAGAACAGCUUCUCUGUGGAAUUUGCUUGCUGGUUAUAGAAUGGCGAAUGUAAAAAGAUGUGAAGAUGAUGGAAGGAACCCUUACUCUGUAUUGGUUGGUUGGAAGAAGGAUAGUGGGGAGGACUUUAUCUCUAAACCCUCAAUUGAAAAGUGAGAUCCCUUAAGCGAAGGAGUUCUGAAAAUGAAUGUUUCUUACUGUCAAGUGUUACCUCGUACAGCAUGUACGAGAUGAACUGAACUAAAUAUCCACGUGGCUGGGUUCCCGAUACAGUAACUGUGGAUGAACUGAACUCUAAUCCUGACAAAUAUCAUCACUCCUUUACGAUUCUAUGCUCAGUGUGCUAUUUGACCAGACAUAAGACAAUACAAAAUAUCCGAAACAAUGUAGGGAUCAGGAACUGCUAACAAUAACUUUAACAAAUUUCCAUUGGCUUAGGGUAGCAAUGAUGUCUUACAAUAACCUGUUGAAACCUGGGUUUAUUAGUGACAUACUAUCACUGUAUGAAAUGGCACCCUAUUCCCUAAAGGUGCAUAAGGUUGGAUCAAAUGUAGUGCACUAAACAGGGAGGCAUUGUCAGUGCCAUAUGGUUGGAUAGCAGUGAUGCUUCAUUCAUGACCUUUCAACUGAACUGGAAAACAGAGCAUUUCUAUAUGGACAACCUCAGUUGAGCUGUUUCAAGUCUCUCUUACUGUGAAAUUUCAAUGAAUAGGAAAAGGCUCAUUCCACCGAUACUAAAAUGUCAGAUCCUAUAGCAUAACAUUACAAAAAGGGGUGACCAAGUGUUCCAGAAGAAGCAUUUACAUGUGGCUCUGGGCCGAGAAGGAAAGAUAGGACAAGAUAUCAGCCCUGUUCUGUGAGAUAACAAAGAACAAAGGUUAGUGAAACAAAAACCGCUAGAGCUCACGUGUGGAAAUGCAAAUAACUUGAAACAUGCUCCCUCUUUCAGAAGAAUUUAGUUUUGCCUUUAAAGUCUAAGCCUCCUAUAAUUACAAAUACAGUACAACAGUAUCCAUUUAGAUUUUCCUCUGCUUGAACAAAAGGUGCCCUGUGUUUAAGAGUUUUUUGGCCAGUAACUUAAAGGUUGGUGGUUUGAAUCCCAGAGCACAAAAGAGGGGGAAAAAAAUCUUAACCAAGAGAAUGUUGAGAAUUUUUUUAGAGGGGAGGAAAUAAACAGCUGAAAGACAUUUCUAUACACACCCUCAUCCCCUGAAUAAUUAACAACACGGUGCGUGUGUAACAGUUGAUGAAGAAGCAUGUGAGUGUGUGUAAGGAGGUACAUACUGUAGGUGUAUUAGGGAUAAGGUGUGAUCAGGUGUUUAAACAUGUGUUAGUUCUUGCCUGUGUGUUCUUACCUGUGUGUGUGUAGAGGACUAUAAUGAGGAUGUCAGUUGGUAUCUGCCAUGCAACCAGCAUGUGUAGUCUGGAUGUUGCUGGAAUGUCUGGGGAGUUGCGUUCAAGGUCUCCUGGAUAUUCUGAGGUUGUCCCUUGUUCUGCUGGUUGAACAGUGCAUUGUUGUUCUCAUCUCUACAAGGUCAUGUCCCAUGGAUGGUGAGGCCACCAGGAACACUGCCAUAUACCUCAACUAAUAACUGGGCCUCAGCUAAUAAAUAGUCUAGUAGUCAAGUGCUUUAGGCCAGUGAUUGAAAGGUCACUGAAAAUGUAAGAAAAGUAGGUUGUUUUGCCCUUGAGCACGGCACUUAACCCUAAUGGUUCCUGUAAGUCUCCUUGGAUAGGAGUCUCUGCUGAAAAACUAAAAUGUAAAUGUACUAAAAUAUGGUUUGAGGUCAGCUACAUUUCAAUUCAGUCAAUCCAGAAUUGACUCAAUUGAAAUGGAAUUGGACCCCACCCUGCUGCUCACCAUAUACCUAGUGGCGCAUAAUACUGUACAUCCAUCUGCUCUAAAUGAGCCAGUAAAAACAUUUCCAAUAUUCUUAGGUACAUUAUGGUACAAUUCUAACAUUAGAAAAUACUAUUUUAUAUGCAGCUUUCAUUUUGAAUGUAGAUGUCAAUAGCUAUAUGGUUUUAAUGUGAAGAUGAGACAUCAUAUUCAAUUGUGUAAUUGGACCAAUUCUCAGCUUUCCUAUCACUCCCUAAUUUCACAUGGACUUACCCCAACCCUUAUUCAUUGGGUUUAGGGUGCAUAUUGAUGAUCUCACAAUGUUGUUGUCAAGGCAAACACAUCUCUAUAUGAUAAACAUAUGAAUCACAGAAGACAAAUAAAGUGGUUUUAAAAGAUGCA